ACUCUGCCAGAAAUAAGGAGAGUUUCUACAGAAGCGCUUUGGCAGACGAAAACAAGGAAACGGAGCGAAACCAACCAGCCUGUUCACCGCAGGUACUUUCCGCAAGAGGCAGAGUGGAUUUUUCUCUUUUUGCCUUUUUUUCUAUCGCUUUUCUCCACGUUAAUUUCUCUGGUGCUGAAGUGAAGUUCGCGCAGUGGAGCGCAGGGAACUUUGGACCGUGCGUAAUUGUGGAGAGUUUUUCUUGUUGCGCUGCGUCAGGAUGCGCGUCUGGCCGCUGCUGGCUCUCCUCUGCCUGAUGUGCGCAGGACGCGCUCAGAAGUUCUCCGCUCUCACGUUUCUGCGGGUGGAUCAGGAUAAGGAGUGCAACAUGGAAUGCACCGGAGCGCCGCGGAAGCCCCUGUGUGCCUCUGACGGCCGGACCUUCACAUCUCGCUGCGAGUACCUCCGAGCCAAGUGCCGCGACCCCCAGCUGGAGGUCAGCCGAGGGCCGUGCAAAGAAACAUCCAGAUGUGUCGCAGAAAAGAAGUACACAGAGCAACAAGCCAAGAAACAGGCCUUUGUUCCCGUAUGCAACCCUGACGGCACUUACAGCGAGGUUCAGUGCCACAGCUACACCGGAUACUGCUGGUGUGUCACACCCAACGGGCGACCAAUCAGUGGGUCUUCUGUCGUCAAUAAAAAACCUCGAUGCCAAGGUUCCAAACAGGACCGAGCGGCUCCUGUAGAACCGAGACCAGGCUCAAAACAAGACAGAGGGACCUCCAUAGAUCCAAAACCAGUCUCUUUGCAAAUAUUCUCCAUUCUAAACGCAGAACCUAUCCCGGUGGAGCCACCAUCUCCUCCAGAGGAAGAAGACGUCACUUCUCCGUACCCUGACCUGUGGUCGGUGCACUUAAACAGCAACCGGCAGAACAGAUCCAGAGCAUCACCUUCAUCAUGUGACCAGGAGCAACAGUCGGCCCUGGAGGAGAGGAGGCAGCGGAAUAAUGACGCCGUGUUUGUGCCAGACUGCGCCCAAGGCGGCUUUUAUAAACCUGUCCAAUGCCACCCCUCCACUGGCUACUGUUGGUGCGUGCUUGUGGAUACUGGACGGCCAAUACCAGGAACUUCAACCAGGUACGAACAGCCAAAGUGUGACGGUAAUGCCAGAGCUCAUCCAACUAAACCAAAGGACCAUUAUAAAAGCAGACAUCUCCAAGGCUGUCCUGGGGCAAAGAAAACAGAGUUCUUGACGAGUGUUCUUGACGCGCUGUCGACAGACAUGGUGCAUGCUGUCACAGAUCCAGCAUCCGCCGGAAGGAUGGCCGAGCCUGACCCCAGCCACACUCUGGAGGAGAGAGUCGUCCACUGGUACUUCAGCCAGCUUGACAAAAACGGCAGCGGAGACAUCGGAAAGAAGGAGAUCAAGCCUUUCAAGCGCUUCCUGCGCAAAAAGUCCAAGCCGAAGAAGUGUGUGAAGAAGUUUGUGGAGUACUGUGACAUCAGCAACGACAAGGCGCUGUCGCUGCAGGAGCUCAUGGGCUGCCUCGGGGUGACCAAGGAAGACGGUGCCAAAUCGGGGGAAGACCUGCCUUCCAGUAAACUAAACCCCGUGAGGAAACAGGGCUAACUUCUGACGCCUCCCCUCUGAGUCCCAGAAUCUACCCUCACCAAUCGGCAACAGUGGAAACUAUAGUAUUUGCACUUUGUACUUUAAGAAAAAAAAAAGAAAAUGUAAAUUCACUUUGUAGAAAUUAGAUAUUUAAACAGACUGCUGAAUCUGUGAACGGUGUAGUUAACGUUUUAUGUCCUUACAUCCAAGAAAUACUUAACACAUACAAUGUAUGUGUCCUUUGUGUGUCUAAAAAUUUACUUUUAAAAAAGCAGAGCAGGUUUUUAUGUUUGAUGCUAGAUUUUUUUUUGCCCCAGUUAGUUUUCAAGGCAGAUAUUUGUAUAGUUUGCUCUGUAGCAUCGAUAAAUUAGACCACAUCAUCUUGUCUGCUUAUCUGUUACAUAUGUUUUUGUGUUUUGUAAAGCAGUUUGCAAGAAUGUAUUAAUAAUCAUGCAGUAAAUCAUAAAAAUGUCUCAUAUGUUUGCAUAUAUUCAUCUUUAUUAGAAAUAAAGAACUCUUUUAUACAU